GGCAGUCGGUUCCUCACUUUGAAGUGCGCUGCUCAGCCUCCCGGUUCAGUUGGUGUUGGAGUCGCCUACAGGAGAGACCCGCCGUGCGGCAUGGCAGCCUGAGCGCAGGGAGGAGACAGGCAGGAGGAGGAGGAGGCACAACAGCGAGCUUUUUUCCCCUCUCCGGUGCAUUUUCCUCUCCGUAAACCGAACCCGAACCCGAACGGACUGUACGCGGACGCCAGCACUGUGGAUUAUACGCGCUUGUUUGUGGAUAAGAAUCCCUGGAGUUUUAACGUUUGGAAGCGAACUCGUGGAUCGAUGAGAGAAGACGGGCAGCCGGAGAGAAGCUCCCCGCUGACAUAAGAGAGUGAGGAGAUUACAGUAGAAGCUCGGAGGAGGCGAACAGCACUCGGCUCGCUGCUGCUGCCUUCAGAGCCAUGAGCCGGCCGCUUAUGGACCAUAUCGCCAGUAGUUUCAGCGAAGAUGCUCCUCGACCCCCGGUGCCUGGGGAGGAGGGCGAGGCGCCCUGCUACCCCGGCAAACUCGCAAUGAUGAAGCCCCUGGAACCCCCCAAAUCCGUGCUGCUCGGCUCUCCGGGCUCCUCGGCGAGGAGGAACGAAGACGGUCUUGGGGAGCCAGAGGGGAGUGCCUCCCCGGAUUCACCGCUCUCCCGGUGGACCAAGUCUUUGCACUCCCUCCUCGGGGACCAGGACGGCGCUCUUCUCUUUAGGACAUUCCUGGAGAGGGAGAAAUGUGUUGACACUUUAGACUUUUGGUUUGCCUGCAAUGGCUUCAGGCAAAUGGACCUCAAGGAUACCAAAACGCAGAGAGUCGCCAAAGCAAUUUACAAGCGCUACAUCGAGAACAACAGCAUCGUCGCCAAACAGCUGAAGCCGGCGACCAAGACCUUCAUCCGGGAUAAUAUCAAGAAGCAGCACAUAGACUCUGCCAUGUUCGACCAGGCGCAGACCGAGAUCCAGACCAACAUGGAGGAGAACGCCUACCAGAUGUUCCUGACCUCUGACAUUUACCUCGAGUACGUGAGGACUGGCGGAGAAAACCCGAGUCACGUCAACUCGAACGGCUUGGGCGACCUGAAGGUGGUGUGUGGAUACCUGCCCACGCUGAACGAGGAGGAGGAGUGGAGCUGUGAUUUCAAAGCCAAAGCUCUGGUUGGACUGUCGGCGAAGGCGCAGAGGGCCCCGGUGUCCCUGAUGGAGAGGGCUUACAGAUCUUACAAGAGAGGAGACUCGCUCAACCCCUGCCAUGUGGGCUCCUUCGCCCCCGUCAGCAGCACCAACGACAGCGAGGUUUCCAGUGACGCCCUGACUGACGAUGCCAUGUCUGUGACCGACAGCAGUGUAGAUGGCAUCCCUCCAUACAAACUGGGCUCCAAGAAGCAGCUACACAGGGAGAUGCAGCGCAACAUGAGGAUGAACAGCCAAGUCUCUCUGCCUGCUUUCCCUCGAACUCGCCGUCCUCCCAAGGAAAUGGUCCCGAUGGAGCCGGCAGAGUUCGCAGCCCAGCUCAUCUCCCGCCUGGAGAGCCUGAAGAGGGAGCAGGACACCAUCAGCUCUCUGGAGGAGCGGCUGCAGCAGAUUCAGGAGGAGGAGGAAAGAGAGGAUACCGAGAUCAUGGGAAGUGCUCCCCAGCUCUCCCCCCACCCCUUGACCCUCCUGUCGGGCUCCUCUGACGAGGACCCCCAGGCCAUCCUCGACGAACACCUGUCCCGGGUCCUGAAGACCCCCGGCUGCCAGUCCCCUGCUGUGAUCCAGCACUCCCCUCGCUCCAGCUCCCCGGAGCACCGGCCUCUCACCCGCGGAGGCUUUGGAAUCAAAGCCCUGGUGAGGACCGGGCCUUCUUCUGUCUCCAGUCCCGACCAGGGGGCGUUCAAUCUGGCGUUGGGCCCCAACCGGACCCUCGUGAGCAGGCAGAGCACCAAGCACAUCCACCACCACUACAUCCACCACCACGCCAGUCCCAAGUCCAAGGAGCAGAUCGAGAGGGAGGCGGCGCUCCGGGUGCACGGCGUCUGCUCCGGCAGCGGCGAGUGUCCGCCCUGCCAGCCUUACCAGCGCAGCCGCAGCCUGGGCAGGGAGACGUGCGGCUCCAUCUCCACAGACAGCAGCAUGGGGCGUUCCAGCUCUCUGUCGAGGCGAGUGUGUCGCUCGGGGGCCGAGGACGGCGUGGCAGACCGGUGCGUGGAAGACUGUGGACCCCUGCAGCUGCCCAGUGACACUACAGACCCCGCCCAGAACGUGCUGCAGUGGAUCCUGGAAAGCAAACGUCAGGGCAGGCACAAGUCUCACAGUACCCAGAGCACCAAGAAGUCCUUUGGAGGCUCCUCUACUCAGACGCACACGUGGGGUGGCGGCGGAAGCUGUGGCCACCUCCGCAGCCACCAGCCGGCCCAGCCGUUCAUCCAGGACCCGGCUAUGCCUCCCCUGCCUCCUCCCAACACUCUGGCCCAGCUGGAGGAGGCCUGCCGCCGACUGGAGGAGGUCUCCACCAAGACCGUCAAGCAAAGGCAUCCGACGUCCAGCCUCCAGCGUGAGAAGACCCACCUGGUGCCUGUCCAGGGCGGGGGGUCCGUCCCUCUGUCGCUGCCCAGCCCCAGCCCCGUCGGCCUCCUCGUCUCCAGCCUCCAAUCAGAAGAGUGUAAGAAAGCUUCGGGAAGCCACGUGGUGUGCAGCGGGGAGACGGUGGUGACGUACUUCUUCUGUGGCGAGGAGAUUCCUUACCGGAGGACCAUGAAGAGCCACAGUCUCACUUUGGGCCACUUCAAGGAGCAGCUCCGCAAGAAGGGCAACUACAGGUACUACUUUAAGAAGGCCAGCGACGAGUUUGAGUGCGGCGCCGUGUUCGAGGAGGUGUCCGACGACGGCUCGCUGCUGCCCACCUACGAGGGCAAGAUCCUGGGCAAGGUGGAGAGGAUGGAGUGAGCUCCUGCAGACACUUCACCACCUCCUUCACACAAAGCGUCCGACUUCUAAGACAGGUGCAAGACUGGCGACGUUGGCGAAGGAUUACUGAGGUUCGGGACCGGAGAAGAGCGAGGUGUUUGUAUUACUGGACUGCCGAGUGAAGAAGAUGUGGACCGGGUGUUGCUGGACUGAAACGUGACUGUGGGUGAAUGACCACUCGUCUAAGAGAGCAGGGCGGUGGGUUUAGCGUGAGACUGGGAGCCCGCCUGCCCCUGCCCUACAUCACUAAUAUGUAUAUGCAGAUAUACAUGUACAUUGCAUUGUAUUGUGAUGCUCGUAUUGCUGUGUAAAGAUUUUUAUUGCUAUUUAUUGGAAAACAAAUCCCUGUCCCAAAUCUUAUUCCAUGGACAAGCUGCUUGGAGUCGGAGAAGCUUCUCCGACCUUCCACAUCCGUGAUUCCUCUCUUCCUGAGCGAGGGAAAAGGUUUUUUUUGUUUCUUUUGGCCCCUCAUAUUGAACUGUAAACUUCAAAAAUACCUCUUCAAAAAAAAACUGGUGGAGAUUUUAGCGGGACAUGUCCGAUGUGUUGGCCGGAGAGCUUUACUGCUGAAGCUUUGAGAAUGGCUCUCCAUCGCUUAAGGUUCAAUAAUAUAUUUACUACUGCAGUGCUAUUUGUGGAUGUGUCCCCAUCUGCUCCGAAGGGCCCUCAGUGUGCUACGAAAAACGAGCGAAAAUGCUAUUAAUGUUUAAUUCCCUUCUCUGGGACUGUGCCCAGCUAGCCUUGAUCUGUCACGUCUUAGUGCCUUUGUUUCAGUGGCGCAGGCAUCGCACAAAUAGCCUACACAUGUUCUAAGAGGAACCUGAACAGGUCCUCCAGUCCCCACAAUGUGUUUACACCAAUGUUAGGAUGUACCAACGAAAGCUCUAUAACGUGCCCCGAUGUGCUUACCUGUGUACGUAGGUGUGUGUGUGUGUGUGUGUGUGUGAGGCUGUGUGUUGGGUUUGUGUGUGUGAAUCCUGCACUACGAGCUGCAGACGAUGGUGGCGGUGGUGAUACACUAUGUUCAUAGUGUUUAAUUGAGUACAGUAGCUGUGCCUACAUGGAUUCCUGCCAUGGUUCUCACCCUGUUUUCAGGGUUUUAUUAAUCCCUUGGUUUUUACAAGGGGCCUUAUGUCAAAAGAUAUUUUUAUGCCUUUUAGUAUCCGUUUCAUCAUGUUUAUGUUUUAUGAUAUUUUUCAUGGCUUCCUCGGCUCCACUUGUAAACUGUAAAUUAUGCGUUCUAUAGAGAUGCCUUGGUACUUUAAUUAUUGUAAUUAUGAAGAGAUGUAGCCUUUAUUAAAAUGUUCUAUUUUUCAAAUUA